AUGCAGUUUUCUGGAGACCGGCUCACUACAGCUCGGCGAGGAGAGAGGGCUCGUACGGCGCGGGGCCGCCCUCCGGGCCCCCGCCUCGCCAUUCACUCCUCCUGCAAGCUGGGAACCGGAGACGCGCGCUGCGCUCACCUGACCGAGCCAGAAAUAAAGCCCGCGGAACCUAAACCUGCACGGCGACCCUGGCCCGAGGGGGACGGGGGCCCGGGCCGCGUGGGGAGCACCCGCGCUGAGGUGGUCGUAGGUGCUUUUGUAGUCCCAGGAAACCGCCGUCGCUGCAGCCCGUUGCCAGUUCCUAGAUCUCCUUACCGAGACCGCACAUUCACGUUGCUUAGUGAACACCGAAGGCUAGGGAUCACCUUGCUUAAAGCACUAAUUGGCCAGUUAUCAAAUAACAAAUAUAAACCAGUUGGUAAGGUAGGAGAGGGAACAUUUUCUGACGUUCUGAAGACGAGUCGUAGGCAUGGAAAGUACUAUGCAUGUAAACACAGGAAGCAACAUUUUGAAAGUAUGGAACAAGUGAAUAAUCUGAGAGAAAUACAAGUGCUAAGGAGGCUGAGUCCGCAUCCUAAUAGCCUUAUGUUACAUGAAGUUGCGUUUGAUAAAAAAGCUGGCUCUCUUUCACUGAUAUGUGAACUUAUGGACAUGAAUAUUUAUGAGCUGAUAAAAGGAAGGAGAAAGCCAUUACCUGGGAAGAAAAAAAAAAAAAAGAACCACAUGUACCAGUUAUGCAAAUCUCUUGAUUGCAUACAUAGAGAUGGGAUAUUCAGAGAUGUGAAACCAGAAAACAUUAUUUUGCAGCAGAAUACCCUGAGGUUAGGAGAUUCUGGAUCUCGUAGGAGUGUCUGUUCUAAGCAGCCACAUACAGAACAUAUCUCUACACGCUGGUACUGAGCACCUGAAUGCUUACUUACAAAUGGCCACUAUAGUUACAAAAUUGAUAUAUGGGGUGCUGGCUGUGUUUUCUAUGAAAUCACAAGUUUUCAGCCUCUCUUUCCUGGAUCUGAUGAGCUGGGCCAAAUUUCAAAAAUCCAUGACGUUAUAGGCACUCCUGCUAACAAAACUCUCAACAAGUUCAAGCAGCAGAGGAGAGGAAAUCUGAGCCUACAUCAAUCUUAUCUGGCCUUUUAUUCCCAUGGUCAAGAACUGGUGAGUUUUGAUUUCCCCUUUAAAAAAGGAAAAGGAAUCCCUCCUCUUGUGCACAAUUUGUCUCCCAAGGGCUUCUCUCUCCUCUAUGUCAUGUUAAAAUAUGAUCCUGAUGAGAGAAUUGCUGCCCAUCAAGCAUUACAGCACCCUUAUUUUUAAGAACUCUGGGCAGCUGAUACACAAGCUUUGGCCAUGCACAAAAAAUUAAGGUUACUAGGAAAUACAGCAGGGCAAGUACCUCUGCAUUUGUGGCAAAUUUCAAAGGAAAGUCAAAGACAGGUAAUACUUAAGAAAGUCCAGGAAAAAACAAAACAACAACAUGGACCUCCUCGUGGAGAAUUACCAAAAUUAAAUCUUUCUGGAGCAGCCAAAUUGACUUCUAGUCCUACUCCUACAUUGCUUUCAGUUUUCCAAGCACCUAAGGAAAGUGGUGAAACCCCUGUGUUACAGUCUGUUAGAUUAUUGGAUCAAUCUGAGAAACAGAAGUCUUCCCCUUACCGGCUAAUGAACGAAGAGGAGGAGGUUACUGACCACCUUGUAAAGUAUUUGGAGUGUGAGGAAAAGCAUGACUGUGCUAACCUGAUGGAGGAGGAGGUUAGUUAA